CUAGUGUACUGUACAUUAUUUCUCGGAUUGGUUUGGUUAUAUUCUCUGUGAUAUUUAUUUUAUUCGCAGUCAUAUUUAAAUUUACUUUCUAAUCUAAGUCUCCAUUAAGUUUUCUAUUACAUUUAUUUAUAUAACUUAAUUUCUGUCUAAAACGCUUGGCGUCUUGUGAAAUAUAAAAGAUAUCAUGAGUUUUCAUAAAAAUAAUGUCUCUGAGAGUGGCCUACCAGGUACAAAACUGAAGAAUAACUUACCUUUUACAUCAUCAGGAAUACCAUCCUUGGACCACGUUACAGGUGGUGGUUUACCAGCUUCGAGUAUUUUUGCCAUAGAGGAAGAUGUGCUGGGGAACUACAGCAGAGUGCUCACAAAGUAUUUUCUGGCUGAAGGCAUUGUUUGUAAACAUGACUUGUUUAUAGCAUCUGCUGACGAGGACCCAGCAAUAAUCGUAAAUGAAUUGCCGCAACCCACUACAGAACCUUUAGAAGAUGAUGAUGUUUCUUCUGUUGGUGAAGGUAUUGAUAAAAUGAAGAUAGCCUGGAGAUAUGAAGGAUUGAGUCGGGUUGAGUCUUCUUUUGGCAGUAACACUAAUUUUGGUCAUCAUUUCGACUUGAGCAAACACAUUGACAGUAAAACUGUAAAUAGGCGAAAUAUAACUUAUUGUGAUCCAAAUAUAAAUCAGUCAACAGUAAAAGGUUUUAAAAACAGCCUUUACAGCACACUGUUAACAACUAUACAAAAGGUUUUAUCAAAGAAAGAAUAUAAAAGUAGCAAGAAAAAUAACAAAAAUUUUCUAAGGAUAAGCAUCCAAAGUAUAGGAUCCCCUAUCUGGAUGGCCUUAGACUGUGAUGAAACUUCUGAGAGGAAUCAUUAUGGUAAAGACUUGAUAAAGUUCAUGUACUGUCUCCGAGUGAUGCUAAGAGACACAAAUGCAGUUGCAUUUAUCAGUAUACCGUCCCAUCUGUUUGAUGAUGACCAUGUUAUGAAGCGGCUCCUUUAUUCAAUAGACAAUGCAGUGAGAAUAGAGUCAUUUACAGGAUCAAGUAAAGAAACAAAUCCAGUUUAUAAAGACUAUCAUGGUCUAUUUCAUAUAACAAAAUUGUCAACACCAUUCUCACUAGUUCCUUUUGUUCCUCCAAGUUUGGAUUUGGCUUUUAAACUCAAGAGAAAGAAGUUCUUGAUAGAAAAAUUGCACUUACCUCCAGAACUUCAAGAGACCAGUGAGAGAGAACAAGAUGACAUAACCGCUAUUCCUCCUACCUGUGGUGGAUUUAAGAAGAAAGAUAUUGAUUUUUAAAUAAAUACUAUUAAGAAAUAAAAUUAAUAUUUAAAAA